AUGCCUGGCUCUCCCGCGUCUUCCUGGGCCGUCUACCGUGCGCGCCUCAAGGCUGUGUUCCACGGCGCCGACCCACGCGUGUGCGCCGCCUUCUGGUUGUUCGGCCUCAUUAACAACGUGCUCUACGUAAUCAUCCUCUCCGCCGCCCUCGACCUCGUCGGCCCAAAUGUCCCCAAAGGCGUCGUGCUCCUCGCCGAUGUCAUUCCCUCGUUCCUCGCCAAAUUGUGCGCCCCGUACUUUAUCCACAAGAUCCCCUACAAUGUGCGCAUCGUCAUAUUCGUCGCUCUCUCCGUAUGCGGCAUGCUCAUCAUCGCCCUCACGCCUCCACUGCAGGACUCGGGGACCAUCGCCAUCAAGAUGUGCGGAGUGAUGCUUGCCAGUCUGAGCAGUGGAGCUGGCGAACUGAGCUUCCUUGGCCUGACACAUUACUACGGCCACUUUGCUCUGGCUUCCUGGGGCUCGGGCACGGGAGGCGCCGGCUUGAUUGGUGCUGGAGCCUACGCCAUUGCGACCAACACGCUCGGCAUCACCCCUCGUACAAGUCUACUCGUCUUUUCCUUCUUGCCGCAAAUCAUGGUGCUGAGCUUCUUCAUUAUCCUUCCACUCGGCCCGCUGCGCGCUGGCAUCCAGAAACAAGGCGACUAUGAAGCCAUCGAUGACCAUGGGGACGAUGAGGAAGAGGAAGUAGGCCCGGCGCAGGAACAAGACGACCUGUUGUCUUCCUCCAUGCACUCGGCUUCAGGCCGCAGUUUCCCCUCUGUCACUAACACCGGUGCUAAUAGUGCGCUGAGUAGCUUUCGCGCAAACCUCAACCGCGCGCGAGGCCUGUUCUUCCCAUAUAUGCUGCCCCUCCUUCUUGUCUACAUCGCCGAGUACACUAUCAACCAGGGCGUCGCACCCACUCUGCUCUUCCCUCUCGAAUCCUCUCCUUUCGACGAAUACCGCUCCUUCUAUAGCACCUAUGGCGCUAUCUACCAGGUCGGUGUCUUUAUCUCGCGAUCCUCCACACCCUUCAUACGCAUACACCACCUCUACGUCCCGUCAUUUCUUCAAGUCGCCAACCUCAUUGUCCUCGCGUUGCACGCCAUGUUCAAUUUCAUCCCGAGCUAUUACAUCGUUUGCGUAAUCAUUUUCUGGGAAGGUCUAUUAGGUGGGCUGGUCUAUGUCAGCACCUUUGCCGAGAUUACAGACAAUGUGCCGAAAGAGGAUAGGGAAUUCAGCCUGGGCGCGACUAGUGUGAGUGAUUCUGGAGGUAUCUGUAUCGCUGGUUUCUUAGGCAUGGCUGUUGAGGGAGUCUUCUCAACCCUCUCUCGCGCUACGUCCGACACGGAGUGCGAUACGGACUCCGAGACGCUUUUCGACUCUGACGACGACUCCGACGACCGCAAGCUAGGGCAACAAGAAAAAGUCCUACCACAAUACCACAUCGCCGGCAUACUAGUAGGAUGGCAACCCGAUAAAGACUUCAUCGCUUCCUAUCCCGCACAAAUCAUCGGAACCACAGUCAUGGAUGACGGCGUCGAGGUUAAUCCAAUCGUCAACAGCUCGGUUGAUGUAGCGAACUUGCGCCUCGAAGUGAGGGGCAGGUCGGGCAAAGAAGCCCGGGAGAAGUUGCGGGUUAGCCCUGUUAGCAUUUUUGACGGGUUGGGGCCGUGGGAGAAGGAGUGGGAUGAUAUGUGUGGGUGUGAGGGGAGUGAGGACUGUUCGCGUAUCGAUGACGGGGAUAGGGACGAGGAGGUGGGUUUGGACAUCAUCAUGGAAGAUGCAGACGGCUUUGCCAGGAAAACUGUCUGCGAUGAAGAUAACGAAGAUGGCGACUCCGUCAUAGAUGUCGACGAGAAGGUGGGCGUCGAGCCUUGCGUUGGCAUAGAGUAUGUUUGGCAAGCUUAA